AUGUGCAGACGGGUCCACUUCUGGAUAGUGAAAAGAGUUGAAAUCAGACCAGCAGUUGAACGUGUUUGCCAGGAUCUGGUCCAUGCAGUUUUUGCGUAUGGCACGCUCCGCGGAGACUUCGAGGACACCGGAGACCACUGGGGCAUCAUCGAGCGUACAGGGGCCGCAUGGCUCCGCACCUCCGUGACAGGCUUUAAGCUCUUUCAAGAGGACAGGGCUUUCUAUCCUUUCGCUGUGCAAAGCGAUGAGGAGCAGGACCGGCUGCAUGGUGUUGCUGGCAAGAUUACGCAGAUGUUGAAGUCAACGAGCGUUGCAGCCAAGAACUUGCAAAGAACGAUCCUCAUAUGGCCUGCCGGAGACGUCUCGAGGAAGGCGAUCGAGACCUGCGACAGAAUCGAGGGCUUCGACCCCGAGAAUCCGAAUGACGGCUUGUACUGCCUGCUCCCGAUUUUGGAGCUUUGGGGCUAUAAAUUUCUAGGUAAGACGGCCCUGAACCCAUGUAGCAGCUAUGCAGCAAUCCUUAGUGCCUCUAGAAGCUCUGAAGGCGAAGAUGAAGGAGCAGCCCUGGCUCAAGCAAGCGUUGGAAGGGCUUUUGUCUACCACCAGCCUAUGGGCGACAAAGCAGAUUGCUCCAAGGCUUUUCCAGGUGGCGACUGGCUGGAGUCUCGUCUAAAGGACCUGGAAUCGGGCUGA